GGGUGUAGUCAGAAACCCUGGGAAUUACAGACCUGGGAUGUCAAGGCGCCGUCUCUCGCGUUGCGCUCCGGGACUUGUAGUUUAACACCUAGAGGCACAAUAAGGGGUUAAGAUCCCACGUUAAAUGAAAGGAACUACUACUCCCAGAGGGCUACGGGCUCCUGGGCGGUGUCGGGUUUCCGUCCAGCAAUAUUUCUGAGAUUGCUUCUGAGUGAUCAGCUGGACUGGCCAGCAAGUUCAGGACACCCAGGCUUUGGUCCAGCCGGUGAUGAGAUGGGGACCGGCCAGUCUAUGUGCUUCCCAGCCAUCUCGGGACCCCACCAUGUUGGCUGCACAGACGUGAUGGUGGGUCAGAGUCUUGAGGGGAGCCUCUUCCGACUCUUCUACCCCUGCCAAGCAUCAGAGGCAAAGUGCGAGCAGCCCCUGUGGAUCCCCCGCUAUGAGUAUUGCUUGGGCCUGGCUGACUACUUGCAGUAUAACAAGCGCUGGGUCGGGUCGCUGUUCAACCUGGGUAUUGGAUCUUGUCGCUUGCCUGUUAGCUGGAAUGGCCCCUUUAAGACAAAGGAAUCUGGAUACCCCUUGAUCAUCUUGUCCCAUGGCCUAGGAGGCUUCAGGGCAUUGUACUCAGCCUUCAGCAUGGAGCUGGCCUCCCGUGGCUUUGUGGUUGCUGUUCUGGAACACAGGGACCAGUCAGCUUCGACCACCUACUUCUGCAAGCAGACCCCACAAGAGAGCCAGCCCACAGAAUCCUUGGAGGAGGAAUGGAUCCCUUUCCGUCGAAUCAAAGAAGGGGAGAAGGAAUUCCACGUUAGGAAUCCCCAGGUGCACCAGCGGGUGAGAGAGUGCGUGCGGGUACUGCGGAUCCUGCAGGACGCCUCUGAUGGGAAGACGGUUCUCAAUGUCUUUCCUGGUGGAUUGGACCUGAUGGCCUUGAAGGACAGCAUCGACAUGAGCCGGGUGGCUGUGAUGGGACACUCGUUUGGAGGCGCAACAGCUGUCCUGGCUUUGGCCCAGGAGGUCCAGUUUCGGUGUGCUGUGGCCCUGGAUGCUUGGAUGUUCCCUCUGGAACAUGACUUUUACCCCAAGGCCCGGGGCCCUGUGUUCUUUAUCAAUGCUGAGAAAUUCCAGACUGUGGAGACCAUCAACUUGAUGAAGAAGAUAUGUGCCCAGCACCAACAGUCCAGGAUUGUGACUGUCCUGGGAGCUGUUCAUCGGAGUCAAACUGACUUUGCCUUCGUGACGGGCAACCUGAUUGCUAAAUUCUUUUCCAGUCACACUCGUGGGACCUUGGACCCUUAUGAAGGUCAGGAGGUUAUGGUGCGGGCCAUUCUGGCCUUCCUGCAGAAGCACCUUGACCUGCAGGAGGACUACCAUCAAUGGAGCAGCUUCGUCGAAGGCAUCGGACCAUCACUCAUCCCAGGGGCCCCACACUAUCUGUCCAGUCUCUAGGUGCAGAUCGUCACUUGUCGGUCGCUCGAGCCGAUCUCUCACUUAGAAGCUGCCCACGGAUACUUGUAACCUAGUGGCAGGAUCCUUUUUCACAGAUUGAGAGGACGUAAUCAGACUGCUGAUUGGGCAAUGGGCCCUUUGCUCUUGGAAUCGUUGAUCUUAAACCCACCUCAGAACAGAACGCAACUCACUGGCUGAUUGAGAAGCUGAAUUUAAUUUUUUUUUUU